GAAUAAAAGUGGUGACAGCCAGUGAUAAAAAUAUGGCCGCUUUAAAUUUUUCCCAAAAAGUGUUUUCCUCCUAAUUUUUGCGUGUUUUGUGCUCAAAUAUUGGUUUAUUGUGUGCCUAGCAGCUUGCAAAGAUGGCAAUGGCAGAUGAUCUGUGGAAAUCAUGCCUGUCCUGGCUGAUACAGUGCCGUGUUGUGCCCUCAGACCACAAAGCAGCUUGGGCAGAUUCAGAAAUUAAAGUUUUGGCAUUGACCCUCCGUGAUGGUGUUAUUUUAUGUAAUCUCAUUAAUUUUCUCGACCCAAAUGCGCUCGAUAUGAAGGACUUUCAUCGAAAGCCCCAAAUGGCUCAAUUUCUCUGCUGCCAAAACAUUAAAUUGUUCCUGGAGACAUGCAAGAAUUACUUUGGUCUCCGGGAUUCGGAUCUGUUUGAGCCAACGAUGCUCUACGACCUUACCAAUUUCCACCGGGUCCUCAUAACACUGUCCAAGUUGUCCCAGUGCCGGAAAGUGCAACAGCUUCAUCCAAAUAUUCUAGGAUUCAAUGCCCAAUUGUCACCAAGUGAAAGAAGUCACUCAGAGGAGGAUAUCUACAAGGAUUUGCAUUCAACUAAUAACAAUCACACGGAUUCCGUGGUGAAGAAUGGGGAAAAAGAGGACUCCAUUGAGGAAAAGGGGGUUCCUGUUGAGGAAUGUCCAGCAAAUCAUGAUGAUUCUGAAUGUGCCGAGAGUGCAGAGAGUGAAGUGGACAAUUUGUUGGCGGUGAAGGAUCCCGAGGAGGAGGAUCAGGAGAACAAUGUUAAGGGAUUGUGUGGUGUACUGAACACAUACAAUUGGUCCACGUCAAUUGCCACUGAACACCUCGUUGGGACGUCUCACAAUGAGGAGAAAAUCUACGAGGAUCUCUGCUAUGUCACCUUCUCCUCCGAGAGUUUUCCAGAGGUGUCAUCCUCAACAAGCUUCGAGCAGAGGGAUUUUGUCAUAAGGGAGCUCGUUGACACGGAAAGUAACUACUUGGACGUGCUGAAUGCUCUUAGGUACAAAUUUAUGCAGCCAAUGGAGAAGUUGCUGUCCAAAGAAGACAUCAAAAUCAUUUUCCCAAAAGUCAGGGAACUGGCGGAUAUUCACACGAAAUUUCUGGAGAAAUUGCGUGAAGCCGUUCAACCCAAUUCCAAGUUGAAAUUGAGUCAGGUAUUUUUUGAUUUUCGCGAACCAUUCCUCAUCUACGGUGAGUAUUGUUCCAAUAUGACAAAUGCCACGGAUGCCCUUCGGGAUCAGACAGCCAAGAAUGAGAGUAUGAGGCAGAUGGUGAAUCAGUGUCAGAAGGAACAUAGUGAAGGAAGGGUUCAAUUGCGGGAUAUACUAUCGGUGCCAAUGCAGAGAAUUCUCAAGUAUCAUUUGUUGCUGAAGAAACUUGUGGAUGAGACAUCUCCGACACAUGAAGAUUUUCGGGGCUUGGAACGUGCCAAAGAGGCAAUGGAUGAUGUGGCUCAGUACAUAAAUGAGGUGAAGAGAGAUUCGGAGCAUUUGGUGGUGAUACAGAAGGUGCGUGAGAGUAUCAUGGAUUUGGAUUUGCCAAAUGGGAAUGAUUUGCAGCAAUAUGGUCGUUUGUUGCUGGACGGAGAUCUCAAUAUAAAGUCCCAUGAGGAUCAGAAGACAAAGCAUCGGUAUGCUUUUAUCUUUGAAAAAAUCAUGAUUCUCGUAAAGAUAUCCAGUACACGAAUUGGCGAUGGGCAGUAUUCGUUUAGGGAGGCGCACAAUUUGCAGGAAUAUCGCGUGGAAUUGUGUCACAAUCGUCGGACACUGACACGCGAUGCCAGACUGAGAUUUCAGCUGUUACUGGUGCGAAAGUCGCAAUCGACGGCUUUUACAUUGUACAUGAAGACAGAGGCGGAGAGGAAUAAGUGGAAUAAAGCUCUGCAGGAUGCCAUGGAUAAUCUCGAUCCGCCUGGAUUGCGGAAUACUGAUCAUAAUUUUGUCAUAACGACUUUUGAGGCUCCGGCAAUUUGCAGGCAUUGCUCCAAGUUUCUCAAGGGACGCAUCCAUCAGGGAUAUCGAUGCAAAACUUGCGAGAUUUCCGUUCAUAAGGGUUGCAUCUCGUCAACGGGACGCUGUCGUCAGGGUCCUGUGAGUAUUCCACCGCCGGUUUGUGAUCGUCAACUGUCGGAGUUCUACUGGUUUGUCGGCACGAUGGAUCGGGAUACGGCCACGAGUAGCCUGGAGAAUAGGCGCAUCGGGACGUACUUGCUGCGGGUUAGGCCUCAGGGAGCGUCUAAUGCCAGUGAAACUAUGUACGCCCUCAGUCUCAAAACUGAUAAGCAUGUGAUAAAGCACAUGAAAAUCUAUCAGAAGCGUGAUUCAGAGACUGUAUCGUACUAUUUGUCAACCAGAAGGUACUUUAAGACUAUCAUUGAGCUAGUCUCGUUCUAUGAACGAAAUGAUUUAGGGGAGAAUUUUGCUGGCUUAAAUCAAUCACUUCAGUGGCCUUUCCGCGAAGUGAUAGCCACAGCACUGUAUGAAUUUGUGCCGGAUGAGCAGAAUCAGUUGCCAUUGCGGAAGGGGUGUCAAGUGAUUGUGAUCGGGAAGGAGGGUGACAGCAAAGGAUGGUGGCGUGGGAAGACCAAUGAAAGGGUUGGGUUCUUUCCCAAAGAAUACGUUCGGGAACAUCCUAUGACCCCGGAUGGUCUAUGAUAUUUCAAUUCUCUGUCAGUAAUUCUGUGCCAAAAUUAACAUGUAAUUCACAAAAUUGUUCAAAAAUCACAUGUCCAUCCCAGAAAAAAAAUGUAUAACAAUUCCCUUUGUCAACUGUGGUGCAAAACUUCUUAACUUCUCUGUCGUUUAUUCAAUACGAAAAAUAAUUAAUUAAAAAAAAACUAUUUAUUGCAGAAGAAAAAAA